CGACCAAGUAAGAACUAGUGCUCUACAUCACCAGAAUACCACUUGAAGAACCAAUCGACUCAAGAAACUCCCUCUCAACCCUCCUUCUCUUCCAAAUACUUGCAAUCCUCUCAAAACAAAACGAAUCUCUUUUAGUUUCCAUUAAAAUCACAAUAUUCGGAUUUUCUUGCCUAAGCAUCUCCUUCACUAACCUCCUUUUAACUUUUCCUUCCAACCCCCUCACAUCCAGGAGAAUUUUCAACAUUGGACCGAAAUGUGGCCGUGCCUCCUUAAGCGCUUUCUUGCUCCCAUAAUUGACAGAAAUGUCUAACUUUUUCAGCUCCCUAGCCAAUUUGUUGCUGCUUUCCUUCCUUCUCCCUUUACCCGCACCCACAACCUUUGAACCUUUCAAAACUCCUUCUCCGCCCUUCGCCUCAACCAGGUGAAUAUCCGCCGAAGCUAGAGCGGCCCAACUCUUACUCGUCUCACCUCCAAAAGCUGAGCCUACUUGACUGCCAAAGGGGACCAUCCCUGGAAUUAGAAUCCCCAACAACUCCUCUGUUGGGUAAGAGCAUACCUUCUCGCCCUGCCCCAUCACCCGUGGCUUGGACCAUCUGGUUAAAUAAUGGCCACUUUCCCAUUGAACUUAGUGGCGAAGAGGGUAUAACACACCCUGGAUAUGAAGGAGGAUGUAUAAAAAUGGGAUGGGAAAGAACACUCUCAUGGCCCGUUGGGCUCCCCCUUCCCCUCCCGGAAAGUACGGAAACGAAGGAAGUUAUAGUGAGAAACAACCUUUCCCCCUCCCUUAGCAAACCCCAACCUGGAAUGAGGAAGAGAUACCAAAGAAAGAGGACUCAUCUGGCUUGAAGAGCUGGCCACGCUUACCACCGGAUAAGAAAGAGAAGUGGCCCCACAAUAAUGUGAUAACGGCAGACCCUAUCGUCCGUCAAGUUCACCCUUCCUCCUUCCCAAGACAAAAACAGCGGGCCAGAAGCUAAAUAUUUAAAUAUGUUGUCUAACUUUGGCUUUCAAUAUGAAGUUCUGAAUGACUUCAAUAUUAGCGUCCUACAUUUACAAGCUUAAGAGGUUAGGAGAAACAGGCAAGCUGGGAACAGUCCUUGCCUGGAAAGUGGAAGCCAGCAGAUUUUAGCACAAUAUAUAUCAAAAUUGGGAGCAGAUGUUAAUUACCACAGGUUCCACCCGCAAUCUAGCCAGUUCCAUCCACUGCACUUUUUCUCUAGCCCUGAUUCAGGGAUCGUUCGGGGCAAUGUUAGCUGCAUGACACAGGGUAUUAACACUGUUGGCAUAAUAAGAGCACCACAAGCAGAUGGAAAGGAAGCCAUUGUUUUGGUGACACCUUACAAUCCUGUUAAGACCAGUCUUCAUGAUACUUUGUCCCUUGGCAUUGCUUAUUCAAUAUUUUCUUUGCUUACACAAGUAACUUGGUUGGCCAAAGACAUUGUAUGGCUCGUCGCGGAUUCACGAUAUGGGGAAUAUGAUGCAGUUUCAGCUUGGCUUAGAGACUAUCACGCUCCUGUAUUUGGUCGAUCCAGCGUGAUUGACACAGAUGCUUGUACUGAAACAAAUGUCCUUUAUGAAGUUGAAGCAAACCAUGCGACAGAAAAAAUAAAUCUAGAUGAUUUUAAACGUGCUGGAACGAUGGCUGCAGCCCUUGUUAUUAAGGUUUCAAAUAGAAGCGAACACUUUGAGGAUAGUCUCAGUGUCUAUGCUGAAGCGUCUAACGGUCAGAUGCCGAACCUGGACCUCAUCAAUAUUGUGAAUUAUCUAGCAGUACAUAGGCAAGGUUUUCGGAUUAAGAUUGAGAAAUUUUGGCCUCUACUAGAUUGCAAAUGGCUCAAGGUUUUGGGCGAAGUUUUUGAGUCAAUAGGAAAGAUUAUCAGAAGCUUGAACUCUGAGUGGAAAUUUGGCAUGCCAGCUUCUGACUAUGUUGAUGGCACGGCCACACUUGCAAGUUCGUUGUACUACCAGGCUGUGGGUAUUCCUACUGGUUCCCAUGGGGCUUUUCGAGAUUACCAAAUUGAUGCAAUUACUGUGGAGAUGUCCCCCAAAUUUUCUUCUGCUGUCAAGGUCAGGCGUGAUGAAUUCAUACUGCGAGGUGGCCGGUUAAUUGAAGGAGUUGUACGGUCAGUAAACAACCUCCUGGAGAAGUUCCAUCAGUCAUUCUUUCUAUACCUUAUGGUAUCCACCAGCAAAUUUGUAUCAGUUGGUGUAUAUAUGAUUGCAUUUGCACUCCUUGUUGCUCCACUACCAGCAGUUGCGGCCGCUCUCUAUUCCUAUGCCAAUAACAUGAAUCUAACCUUGGAAAAGGUCGAACCUCCAGCUCCAGCAAAUCCUGACAAUGAGCUUAUUGUCUCUUUAAGAUCAUGGAAAUGGCUUAAUGCCGCAAAAAGAGUUUUUGUUGUUCAUCUAUGGGGUGCUGUUGUUUCCUUACUUCCGUACUUCAUCUGCCAAAUACCUGGUUACAGUCCUACGGCAAACUCUAUUAUCUGGGCGUUGCUUUCGCUGCUCGCGCUUCUAAUUUUGUCUGUGAUAUUAGGCUCUCCUCUUGGUUCCACUAAAUCUUAUGAACAGCGGAUUCAAGAGUGGGCUUUCCUGAAAGCAAUGACCACCUCAACGGCCUUUAUUAGUUUGUGCCUAAUGUCAGUAAUUAACUUUGCUACUGCAGAACUUGGAGCCUUUUUGGUGGUGUCCAUGUGCUUGUUGGCACAUCCCCUGAAGCUUGAUUUAAUGGCUGGAAGCUUUAAAGCUCUUUCAAGGGCAGCCUGUAACAUUGUUCUGGGAUUCAUAGCUUUUCCACCUGUUACUUUCUUCUUGUUUAAAGCUGCUUUGCAAGGUUUUGACAAUCUACAUAUUGGCGACUUCUGGAACUGGAUGGAGACCCUCUGGGCAUGGAACAGUGCUACUUUUCUCUACUUAGGUAUGGUUCAUCUUCCAUGCUGGGUAUUAUGUACACAAAUUUUACUUCAUCCAUGUUGAGUACCUUAUUUAGUUUUUUCCGUGACAUUUGAUUAGACCAGCCAAUUAAUAGAUUCUUAGAGUACCUAAAUUUUGUAUUUGAUCUGUAGGCUGAACAGUUAAUUCAUUGAACUUUUACUUAGUCCCUGAGAAAUAGGUUUCAACUGUAUUGGAACAAGUUACACGUUCAUCUCUGUAUGGUAGCUUCUGUAAGCAGGCCUUAAAGCCUACUUUGUGUUACUGUUGUUUAAACUUUAUACUUGUAGGAUUAAUACAGUAAACUUUUACCUUCUUGGAAAA